CUGUGCUCGAGGGGUGCCGGCUAGGCCCGAUCGAGCGAGCAGGCAACCACCUUCGAGGGGGCGCGGCUGUAGCCGGACAGGACAAGCGAUCGAGAUACAGGAGCCGUCUACCACUAGACAGCCAGCACAUCAGCGAUGGAGCGCCUGGUGUCCAAUGGAACCUUCCCUGUACUGGCGCGCAGUAGCGCCUGCCGCAGCCUCUUCGGGCCUGUUGACCACGAGGAGCUGGGCCGCGAGCUGCGGAUGCGCCUGGCGGAGCUGAACGCCGAGGACCAGAACCGCUGGGACUUCAACUUCCAGCAGGACGUGCCACUGCGAGGCCCUGGGCGCCUGCAGUGGACCGAGGUGGACAGCGAGUCCGUGCCUGCUUUCUACCGCGAGACGGUGCAGGUGGGGCGCUGUCGCCUGCUGCUGGCGCCCCGGCCUCCCCCGGUGGCUGUGGCUGUCAUCCCGCCUCCCGAGCCGCCGACCUCUGAGUCCCUCGACGGCCUCGAGGAGGCGCCGGAGCAGCCGCCCAGCGCCCCGACCCCGGUGCCCACCCCGCCCCCAGCCCCGGCCCCGGCCGUGGCUCUGGCCCCGGUCCCGGCCUCAGAACCGGCUUCGGACCCGGACCCAGCUCCAGACGCGGCGCCCCAGGACAACGCCGACCAGGGCGCGAACCAGGCGCAGCGCAACCAGGAGCCGAUAGCAGACCAGCUGCACCCGGGGAUUCCGGGACGUCCCGCGGCCGGCACCGCUGCGACCGGCGCCAACGGCGGGGCGAUUAAGAAGCUGUCGGGGCCUCUCAUCUCCGAUUUCUUCGCCAAGCGCAAGAGAUCUGCGGACAACAAGUCGUCGGGCGAUGUUCCUGCGGGGUGUCCUUCCCCUAACGGCACUCCAGGGGUGGGCGCGGCGGAGCAGACCCCGCGCAAGCGCCUCCGAUGAGUUAGUUUAGAGCCCUCGGAGCCCGAGGGGGACUUUUGCUGGGCAGCGGACGAUGGAAGAACUCUGGGCCUUGACUGGGACCUUAACCGGCGGCGAAUGCGAAAAGCCUUCGGUUUUGUUUAAAAUCUACAAAUUGUGCAAUGUAUUGAUAACGUCGCUAUAUCUAAAUGUAUUCUGCACAAGGAGUACUCUGGUCCCAAGGUGUAAAAGCUUUAAGAGUCAUUUAUAUAAAAUGUUUAAUCUCUGCUGAAACUCAGUGCAAAAAAAAAGAAAAAGGAAAAAAAAAAGGAAAAAAGAAAAAAACCAUGUAUAUUUGUACAAAAAGUUUUUAAAGUUAUACUAACUUAUCUUCUCUAUUUAUGUCUUGGCGUGGGUCUCUCUGCCACGCGACUUUCCCGGUUAUUGGUUAUACCAAAGGCUCCAGAUCCACUUGCAUCAGGUCAUUGACAAAUGUAAAUUAAUUUUUAUAGCAGACCCUAGGGAAAGUUGUCCUUACACACUAGCUGCCACGCGUGCCCACCUAGCUUGCGGUUUCCUCACGCUUUCGCUGUUGCUCUUAUUAUUGUUACUCUUUUGAACUUGAAGACCAAUGUGUUUAAAUGGUUCCUGAGCCAUCUGUACCACUGCCCCGGCUCCUCGUCCGCCGGGUUCUAAUAAAGAGGCCAACA